AAAAAGGGGAAGAAAGGAAAAAAGCAGGAAGAAAGUAAAGUGAAGAAAGCAGUAAUGAAAAAGAGGAAAGAAAAAGCCCAUAGAAAGAACUUCACCAUCAAAAUAUUACACAUGUGGCCUUUAAAGGAUGAGAUGGAUUCUCUCUCAGCCUCUUCCUGUAGCCUGAACUCCUUCCAUUUCCCUUUGUGCCUCUUCUUCACCUGUGAACAGUAUAGAGACAUUUCUGGCUCAGAAUAACCACAUAUUCCUUACAAAGAAGGUUCCUUAAAAUACUUUGUCUGAAAACUGAGAGCUUAGAAUUUUCAUCCUAACCUGUGUCUGCAAAGUAAAGUAACUUUGUGUCUCUCUCUUCCCUGUAUCUCUCUGUUCCUGCCGUCCUGGCCUCGCAGGGUUCGCAGCUUUACAACAGUGAGGGGGACCGCACACCGAACUGCUCUUCUGACAAGCAGCAGAACGAGGGCAAGCUCAUUAAAGCGUCCUUUGCGCCCAUCUGCUUCGCUAUAAAGUCAAAAGAAAAUGACCUUCUGCCUCUGGAGAAAAACCUUGUGCGAUUGGAUGAUGACUCGGAUGAGGAUGGGAUGGGAUGAAGGGGGAGGUGCAAGAGGGAGUGGAGUUGGCGAUAGGAUUGGUCGAAGCAGCCACCAGAGAGCCACCCCCCCAACCUCCAUUGGCUGAGGAGAAAAAGCUGGUACUGUCCAAGGAAGAGCUAGAGGCCAAACAAGCCAAACAGAAGCUGGAGGACCGGUUAGCAGCCGCAGCGAGAGAGAAACUGGCCCAGGCCUCCAAAGAGUCCAAAGAGAGGCAGCUUCAGGCUGAGCGCAAGAGGAAAGCUGCCCUCUUCCUGCAAACUCUACGAGGACCAGAGGCUGAGGUCAAGCAUACUGAGGAAACCGAUGCUGCGUCUAAGCCAUUGGUGUCCACCCUUCCCAUGAGCAGCAUCCCUCAACAAACAUCUCGUAUACCAGGCUUUGACUACCAGCCUCUGGAAAGCGCACUAUCAAGGAGUGCAAACACCCAUGCUUCUCAUGUGACCACGUCUUCCUCCUUGUCUUCGUCCCGUGGGCCUGAAAGGGAUCGGGAUAGGGAUCGUGGUAGGGAUUGGGAUCGAGAACUGGAUAAGAGCAAGAAGAAACAUAGGAAAAGGUCUCGGUCCAGGUCCCGCUCGCGCUCCAGAUCCAAAUCCAAAACCAAGCACUCUUUGCCCAGUGCCUACAGCACCUACAGGAGAUCAAGGUCCCAGUCUCAUUCGCCCAGCCGUAGACACAGACGAGCUCACUCUUCGGACAGAAAGCGUGAUGAGCGAGAGAAGGUUAGCUACGGCCAAAGCACCUUCCGCCUUGGCAGCAACCCAGCACUGGGCAGGAAGCGCUCCAGAUCAAGAUCACCUCAUGAAAAGAAGAAAAAGAAGGGUUCAAAGUCAUCACACCAAUUUAAGGGUUCCUCCUGUUCGCCCUCGGCAUCCCCUGACAGAGGCGGAGCCAUGGCCAGAGUGUCUGCAAUCCCCUCCCCUGCCACAAGCCCCACCUGCCUGAGGAGCUCCAGGGAUGGCUCUCAGGAGAAAGACAAGCAAGUGUCCUCCACUAUUGUCUCUUCUGUGCAAAGCAAAAUCACUCAGGACCUCAUGGUGAAAGUGCGAGCAAUGCUUGCUGCCUCCAAAGGCCUUCAGCCGAACUCCUCCUGAGAGAGUUUCACCACAUCCAGACAGGAUAAAUCUCCAGCAACAUCUAGCAAGGCAGCAGCAGCCUUCUGGCUAACUACUGGACCGCUGUUUGCCUGACAAGCUGCACAAAGCUGGAUGCUUUUAUCCCUUUAUGUACUGUAUGCCUGUUUGGACCUUGCGUUAGAAGUUUGUAUUUCUUCUCCAGAUUAUCAUUAGGCAUGGAUAUCUCCUUUAUUUUGAAGGUGCAGGUGGAACCAAAGCAGGUGUAGAAAAAACGAAACAGCAGCAGAUGGUGGAGCCUCAGUCCUGCUGUGUGUUUUAGCAGUAAAACAACAAGUAUUAAAGGCGUAAUUCCUUGGAUGCAACUAAAACAUUCUUUCCUUUGUAAUAUUGUGUCUACCAGAAGGACACCGUUAUAUCCUUCUGUGAAGGAUAAUGCUGCUUAUUUCUCUCCUAUCUCCUUUUUUCCCUCUGAGCUCUUUUCGAUACGAAGUCAUCGGCUUUCUUGGUUGUUGCUGGGUUUUUUUUUUUUUCAAUAUGUGGCCUUCAGUUUUUCAUUUCUAAGUUUAUAUGGGCCUAAUUUUGAAGCUACUUUGUAAAACCAUCAAUAAAGUUUGAAUUAUGGAA